GUGAUAAACUUAUUAAAUAGAUUGUGAAUGAAUUACUCGACGCCACAUGAUAAAGUAUCUGCGGCAAAGUUUUUCUGGUCGACAGAAAUCACGAGAAGUCGGCAGGAGGCAAGAAUCUGACCAGCAUGGGACUUUGCUAAAGAAUGAAAAGCACAGUCUGAAUCUUGCUGUCCAUCUCCUAGAUGGAGAAUGUCAAACAUUUAAAGUGGACAGGAAGGCAAUCGGAGCAGAUGCUAUGGAUAGAGUGUGUUUUAAUCUGGAAUUGGUAGAAAUCGACUUCUUUGGCCUUCAGUUUAAAGACAGAGAAAGUGUAUGGCAUUGGAUAGAUCUGGCAAAGGAACUGAAGAAACAACUGAAGUUAUCGAAGACCCAGGAAGAGGGUGGAGAGAGGAUCUACUUUUUACAGUUCAGGGUCAAGUUUUUCCCCUCCCAGCCACAAACUGUAAGGGAGGAGCUGACAAAAUACUACUUCUACUGGCAACUUAAACAGGACGUGGCUAGUGGCUCUCUUCUUGCACCGGAGGAUGUUGCAGUGCAACUGGCAGCUCUCACUCUCCAAUCGGAGCUCGGAGAUUACGACCCCUCGGAGCAUGACGCCAUUACAGUGUCCGAAUUCCGCUUUGUACCCGAGCGACUGCAGACAGUUGAAAUGGAAGGUCAAGUUCUGCUGGAGUGGUCUUUUCUGCGUGGUCUGAACCCGGCUCAGUGUGAAAACAGAUACAUUGAGAAGGCUAAACAACUGGAGAUGUACGGGGUGUCGAUGCACGAGGUACUGGGCAAAGACGGGAACCUCUACAAGUUGGGACUGACACCCUUCGGAAUGCUGAUAUUCGACGGAGAAGAUAGGAUCGGACUGUUCCUCUGGCGGAACAUGACCAGACUACACUUCGACAGACGACAGUUGUUCAUCCAUGUCGCAGAGCCAGAGCAGGAGCAGUCGGAUCCUCGUGAGAAGCUGCAUGUGUUCCAGUUCACACUGCAAAGUAGCAAGGUGUGUAAACAUGUCUGGAAGUGUGCUGUCGAGUUCCACGUGUUCUACAGACUCCACAGUGCGAAUGACAGUGUAGGUGAAAAGGGGUGGAGCGAGGGGGGGUCGGUGUUUGGAGGCAAACAGAAACACAGACAGAGUCUGGUCCGAAUGCAGUCUAAGUUCAGAUUCAGUGGAAGGACGGAAGCUCAGCUGAGACAGUCGGCGAGAGUUCCACAGGCACGACCGCGAAGACAGAUCCAGUUCCAGAGAAAACAUAGCAAGAGGUAUUCGAGAAGGGAGUCGCAUCGAAUCAGAGAGACAAUUCAGUCACAAUCUCUAUCACAAAAUCAAUCAUUCUCAUCAUCAGCGGGCAAUAUUAGCUCACAGAGACAUAACAGGAGUAACGAUUCAAGUAGCGCAAUAUCACAAAAUCAAGGUCGUAGAAACAGAUCUGCGGAAAAGAGGAGCGUCUCGCAAACGUCCCUGAACGCAGCGCGUCCAUCUCAAAGUAAUAUCAAUCAUAAUGAGAGUCAUCAGUCGAGUUCCAGAUCCGGCGACCAAUAUAGUGACAGAGACCAUAUGGGAUACCAAACCGCAACGGACCUGAUUGACUUCAGUCCAUCGUCAACUUCUCAAGAGUCAAGGACGAGAUCACAUAAAACCGUGAACUCGAGCGACGAUAAAAAUAGAUGUAUGGUGAACGAAAUUGGUCUAUCGUUUAGCUCAGCGUCGGGCGAUUCGAACGACAGAAGCGCUGAUAGCUUCAACUUGGACCACAGAAACUGGACCCAUAUAUCAUCACAGUUACGUAAUGUUUCUGAGGCGUCGACAAGGGGAGAGGUUUUAGUAGCUCCUCCACCUCGAGGAAUCUCGCAUCAACGGGUCAUGAAUCAUCAAAGUAAUCGCCAUGUGGACCAACCUAACAGCAGACAAAACAAUGCAAAUCACGAUCUUAGUCAUACUAGAAAUGGGCCAAUACACGUGAAUCCGAGAGAGAGCUACGAAUCAAAUGUCAAUCAUUCGUACAACCCAUAUAAGAAUCAGUCUCCUGAACAAAAAGUGGCAAGUUCACAAGUGUAUACUGAAAGAGCCAGACAAUCAAACAAUCCAGAUUUUCUUUCGUCCACGAUGAUUGACCCGCAAGGAACACUUACGGAACGACAGCGACUCGUGAACAGUGCAAAAGUAUCACGCAGAGUAAUGAUGACGGAAAAUUACAUGGACACAAUCCCGCCUCACCCGCCAGAGUUGCUUCUGGAGACAUCAGAUCCAGACCAGGCGCUGGACUUCGACUUUGACGCAAGUGAUCUGCUGGAUCCAGUUCCCGUCUCGUCCUCACAAUCAUCAGUCAAUGUGUGUGUCUCAAACCACCAAUCUAUCCUAAACUCGAACUGUGAUUUCUCAAUCCAAUCCCACGUUUCUUCUCAUUCGCAACAACAUUCAAAUGACCUGUUUGGAAAUACAAACGAGGACCAAUUCUCCAACCAUGAAACUUCAUUGUUCCCCGAUUCGAACAACAGUCUGGCUAACGCCUUGUCGAUGCCAGUUACAAGCCAUCAAAGCGGAAAUCAUGCAGCAGAGCAAAUUCCGUUCAGAUGCGGAGUUUGUUCGCAACAGUUUUUGGACAUCAGGAUGUUUGAAAAGCAUAUGUUAUCUCAUGGCCAAGGGGAUCUUGAAGGUUCCGAAGGCCAAGAUCAUAAUUACGUCUGCCCGCAAUGCAACAAGACAUACAAAUAUAAAUGGGACCUUAAUAGGCAUUUUGAGCGGAAACACAUGGGCGUACAUAGUAAUACAAGUAAUGUGAAUAUUGGAGAAGGAUCCACCGGAUACAACGAUGAAGAUGGCUUCGAUGCCUCCCAAUUCAUCAACCACUUCGUGUGUAAUGCGUGUUCUAGACACUUUGUUGACAAAGUUGAGUUCGAACGACACUGUGUGCAGUCUAGUCGGUGUUCGGCGCUUCUCGCAGAGGUCUCGGAUGGCGAAAACGAGGGCUGUCAAAGUAGCGACGACGAAGUAUCCCAGACUCGAACUCUGCAGUGCAAAAUCUGUGGUCAAUGCCUGGACAGCCGGCUUCUAUUUAGGCAACAUAAGCUAACACAUAUUACCUUGUUGACUUGUCCGCAACCAAAUUGCCUUCAGAAGUUCGUUAAAACUGAAUCACUUAAGCUACAUUCAAUCCAAUGCACCUCAGCGUCAAAUGGCACUGGAAAUAAUAAUUCUCCCUUGAACAUUAAUACCAACAAUAUUAUGGCAAAUUUAAACAGUAGUUCUAUGGGUAGUAAUAUAAUGGAUGGUAUGUCCAUUGAGGGGUUCCGAGGGACUCCUUCGAAUGUCGAUAAUGGGCAAAUGAUUCAUGCGACAGAUGUUCUGCCUUCUGCAACUAGUGCGCAAACCUCAAUGAGAGUCCUCAACUCAAAUCAAAUCAUAAAUCAAACAGUGAGUGAAUCGGUUGCGCGACUCGAGUGUCAAUUGUGUCAUUCAGUGUUCACGCACCAAUCACUCCUCGACAGACAUUGUGCAGUGGACUGUAGAUUGGAUCUGCUCUCAAAUCACGAACACUCCUCUGUCGCCGCACAGCACCAGAACCGAUCGGAACAACAGUCCUCUUCGCCAGCUCUCUCAGUCACUGGGUCGACAUCUACAGGCAGUCCACGGGCAGAAACCCAAAUGUCGAUGCCAGCAGUCGAAAUCAUUCCGGACACUUCGUUAGGAUCCAACAGUUCUCUGGCUUCAAACGUGCAACCUACCCCGGAUCCCUGUGAGAUUUGCGGCAAACGAUUUGCAACGUUGUCGAACCUGAAGCGUCAUAUGAUGUCGCACUCGAAGAUCAGAAAUUUCAAAUGUCCCUACUGUCAUAAAAGCUACAUCUACAAGUGGGAUCUGACAAAUCAUAUCAAGAAAGCCCAUAAGGGAAUGUCUAUAGACGAAGUGAAACCGCUGUACUCAACCCGCGAUUUCUACUCUCAAAACGAGCAUUCGGACAACAAAAGACGAAGAAACAAUUCCUCCAGGACAUCUAAUGCUAGUAAUACAGCUAAUGACAACACUACUUCGCAACCUCAAGCGCCAAUGUCUGCAUCUGCGAAUAGAAAAGAGAGUAAAACUAGUGGUAAUAUGCAGUGUAAACAUUGCGGAGGCGUUUUUGUAGGCCAGAAUUCCCUACAUGCGCACAUGAUUCUAAGACACUCAGGGGUCAUUGAAGACGCGAAUGACAUCACCACUGAAUUAAUGCAUUUUGUGGACCAUUUCACAUGCAGUUUGUGUGGUAAGAGCUUCGCAGACAAAAGAUUAUACCGCUCACAUCUUGCCACUCACUCCCAUCCGAAUAGCCUCGGAUCUGUUGGGGAAAAUAACAGUCUGGAUCCGAGUGGAGUAGGAACCGGUUCCGGGUCGACCUCAGUGGAAGUGUAUUGUAAUGGAUGCAAGGCGGAAUUGAUGACCGAAGGAAUCGAUCUUCCGUCCGAUGAAGAUGUGGAGUACCUGUGCGAUGUUUGCGACAAUGAGAGGCGCAGACAGGAACAGGCUGCGGGACUUGCACUUUAGCACAGAAUUCCACAAUUAAUAAACUUCUUCACCACGCGCUGAUUUCCGAGAAAACUAAACUCACCAAGUGAUCAUUUUACCCGCAAUAAAUCUUUCUAUUUCGUCUCAUUUGAUCGAUUAGUAAUUUUUAGCCUUUUUUGAGACAUCUAUAAAUUUGACAAGAAAACAAAAUGCAUGUCUCGAUUUUUUCUUUUUUUAACGUCAGACCAGAUGGCAAGUUUGAUGAGUCAGACUGGCACUUUUUUCUGUCUCUCACUUCUCUUUAGUCUUAUACAGUUUAUCUUAUACAAUGUAGUUAGCCUGUUUGUUAAUGCAGUUGAAUUUGUAUUGUUAAUUGUCGACAUAUUUCCUCCUCUUUGAGUUGUCGUCGAAAAUAGUCUUUUAAAGAUAUAAAUUUGCAUGUUCACAACGUUGCCAAAUUAUUAAUUUAAUAUUCAUUUGAA